AUGACUUUCAUCAAGAACAUAGCCAUUGUUGGCGGAUCUGGUCAAAUGGGGACUCCACUAGUCAAGGCUCUGGUUGAGUCCAAAAGAUUCAACCUAACGGCCAUUACUCGAAGUGAAAGUGAUUCUACAUUUCCACCCACCGUCAAUGUUCUUCGUGGAGACUACGACUCCGAAGACUUCCUUCAGUCCUCAUUUAGCAAUCAAGAAGUUCUUAUUAUCAUCCUUGCGACAACCGCACCAAAAGAUCUUCAGCCCCGUCUUAUCAGAGCUGCGACUGCAGUUGCCGUAUCAUACAUCUUACCUACUGAAUUCGGUCCUGAUACUGCAAACUCAGCUUUGGCCCAGGCAGUACCAUUUUUGUUCCCGAAGAAGUCACUUCGAGAUCAAAUCAAGGCAUCACAAUCUAGUAGUCUCAUUGCUGUUGUUAAUGGACUUUGGUUUGAUUUCAGCUUGGCAGGUGGGUUCUUUGGAAUCAAUAUCAAAGAGCGUACGGCGAGAUUGUAUGAUGAUGGGCAGACUCUCUUUAGUACCACAACACUGGCACAAGUCGCCCGUGGAGUCACUAAGUUGUUUGAACUCCCUUCCUCUGAGCUUGAGAAAUUCAAAAAUCACUUUGUCUACGUUAGCUCUUUCGCUGUUUCUCAAACUCAAAUACUGAGAUCAGUGCAAAAAGCCACGGGAACCAGCAACGAAGACUGGAAGAUCUCGAGUGUGCCAGUUGAUGAAGCUAUCGAGAUGGGAUUAGCAGAGUUCCAGAAUGGUAAUUUCAAGGGUUUGCUGGAUGUCUUGUAUGGAAACAAUUCAAAGCCCGGAAUGGGUGGAAAUUUUGAGCAUAAAUUGAACAAUGAGUUGUUGGGAUUGGAAAGUGAAGAUCUGGAUAUUGUGGUGAAUAAGAUUGUUGAUUGUAUUGAAAAUAAGAUGUGA